AUGGCUUCUGCAGUUGUUAACCCGGCCCAGUCCACUCCCCCUCCUGAUACUGGCACGGCCAGUCCUGAUCGUGCGGCGCGAGUUUACCUUCCGGAUGUCGACCACGAUGAGCAUUUCCGCCUCAUAAAGCACUUGGCGAGUUGGAGGAAGAUGAAGCGCCGCGAAGUGGCGCUAUGCAAGGAAGCCCCCACUGAAGCACAGGUUGCCAUGCGGAAGAAGUACGAGGCUAAGGCUGCCGCGGCGGCUCAGCGCCGCCAGGCGACAUCGGAUGCCAUCGCGUCGGUCACCAGCAGCGGCAAGAGGAGCCGCAUUACUGACUACUUGGAGACGGAUGUGGAAGCUGGGAAGCGCGAUGCACAUGAGGCGUUGGCGCUCAUGUUCGCGGGGUGUCGCAUCCCGGAGCGCGUCGCGGAGCACCCUCUCUUCAUCAACGCCGUUCGUGCCAUUAGAGAUGCCGGCACAAAAUACGUCCCACCAAACAGGCGGUUCAUCGGCGGGGCGGGCUUGCGAAUGUGCUGCGACAACAUCGACAGGGGGCUUUCUGGAGUGAAGGCGAGCAGGAAGCGGACCGGCGUGACAGUUGCUUCUGAUAUGAUGACCGAUAAGAACGGUCGCCCCCAGGCGAACGUGUUUCUCGUCAACGACAGUGGCGCGGUGUUCAAGGACAGCGUGGACUGCCGCAUGGGGACCAAAACCGGCGGUUAUGUCGCCAGCAUCCUCAGGCCCGUGGUGGAGGAGGUCGGUCCGGAGAACGUGGUGGCGUUCUGCACGGACGGUGGGUCCAACUACGCGGUGGCGUGCAACCAUUUGAUCGCGGAAUGGCCGCACAUUUAA